AUGGUUCUCCUGGUGGGUGACUCUUCGUUUAAGUUGGUCAGCAGUGACACCCACUCUCUACGCAAUUUUUGGAGAUCCGGGUUUAUGGAUCUUUUUGAUGCAUACUCGAAGCUCUCGCUCGGGGAAAGUCUUAGGGACGCCAAAAUAGUUGAAAUUAAGUCGGGUGAUGGUAUUCUCUAUGUUCAUCAAGGCGAGAUGGUUACUGUUCGAUAUGCACCAGACGCCCUCUCAACCGAGUUUGGUGGUCGCAUCGAUACUUCCUUACCUCGUUAUGUCGGAACUUCAGAGAUGACUUCUUGCCACGCCGUUUUUGUCACAUCUCCAGCUGGCUAUGCGAUGGGUCACCUCGAUGGACGCGGGGAGGGACGAUUGACUAAAGCGUUUUUUAGUACAGUGAUCGAAUUUUUCGAGUCUAUCACAAGUUCAAACGAGACUCUUGAUGUUCAUGUCGUCGGCGGUUUUCUAGAUGACAAAAGCUUCUCCAAGGAUCUUUCCUUCCAAAUAUUCAAAGAGUUGCUAGUCUCAAAGCGGGUAUUCAAGCUCCAAACUUUGAAAUCUUACAUAUUAAACGACUGCAUCAUUUCGGAAUCCAGCAAUCAAUUGCACAUGCCGAUCAUUCGUGCUGUCGUCUUUGACACGUUUGCAUCUGCUCUCUUCCCUGCGACCAUCCAGCCCGAAGCAAGAGGUCCCCUGAGCGUCCUUCGUUCUUCCUAUGUAUAUUCCAUCUCUGCCAGAAGCCAGAUGCAUAAUAUCCUUGAUCCCAUCUCACAUCGUCUUAUUUUGAGACCCUUCGUGAUUGACGAGAAAACAAUGGAAGUAUUAAAGUUAAUUGGACAUUAUUCACGUCAGCAGUUGCAGGACUUUUCCACAACUCCCAAACAGGAAACUGAUCAUUUCUAUGAGAUGCUGAGACGUGCCAGCGUCCUACUCACUACUCUUAAAAAAGAAAAACUUGACAUAUUUGCUGGAGGAAACUUGGAAUUUGUCUUCGACGAAGGUGAGCAACAGUGGUGUCCCGUGAAUCCACAUGCAAAAGAGGCUACUAAGAUCUCACUAAUUUGCUUUAAAUAA